UUUCAGCAGAACAACGAUAGUGAGUGACGAAAUUUCACCAUGAACAUCUUUAAAACGAUGCAAAGAAAAGCAAGAAAAAAAUCAUCGUGCGUUAUCUUCGCGAUCGUCUCCAUCAACAUUAUCAUCGUGUUUCUGCUGCAGACAAACUCCAGCCUAAGGCGAACAUUCGAGAACACUUUUAGGUACCAUCUCUCUCUUCAUUCGGCUUUAGAUGUUCACCAACCGGCAGGUAAAUAUCGAACUGACCAGCGUACAUCUAUCAGUGUAGAUGAGUUCAGAGCAGGGGGGAAGACAGGGAACCCGCUGAUAGACGGGUAUGGGAGGAACAACCUGUCGGCCCCAGGGGAGAUGGGGUUGGCUGUCAGACCCAGGGAGGACGAGAAAGACGAGGUGGACAAGGUCAUGGCGGAAUUCCAUAUCAACACCUUGGUCAGUGACCGGAUACCACUCAACAGGAUGGUGCCAGACUCACGCUUAAAGGGGUGUGAAGACCUAGUUUACCGAACUGAAGACCUUCCCUCUGCCAGUGUUAUCAUUCCCUUCUGUAUCAAUGAACAGGUGUGUGAAGACCUAGUUUACCGGACUGAAGACCUUCCCUCUGCCAGUGUUAUCAUUCCCUUCUAUGACGAGUGGCCCUCGGUCUUGAUCAGGACCAUCUACAGCGUCAUUAACCGGAGUCCUAGACGCAAUCUUCAGGAGAUCCUACUCGUGGAUGACGCCAGCACGUUGAAGGAAUUGAAAGCACCGUUAGAUCAUUACAUUCUUCGGGAAUUCCCGCACGGUCUGGUGCGCAUCAAACGUCUGCAGCAGCGCCGUGGGUUGACUCAAGCGAGGCUAGUCGGUUCAAGGGAGGCGAUCGGGGAUGUUUUGAUCUUCUUUGAUAGUCAUAUGGAGGUCAACAUAGACUGGCUCCCGCCUCUACUUACAGAGAUCUCCCAAGACAGAAGAGUGGUCGCCAUGGCAACCUUGGAUUACAUCCAGUCAGACACCUUCAUGUAUAAAUUCAACGUCAACUACCUCACUAGAUACGGCUGGUCGUGGAACCUGCUCUUUUUUGAGACUUUUUUCAGGAGAGAUCAGGUUAGCCCGGACGUCCUGGGACACCGCAAGUAA